GAAGAAUCGUCACUCUUCCUGAUAGAACUGAUAUUUCAUGAACUUUUUAUAGUCAUCGAUAAGCAUAUCUUUUAACAUAAUGUGAUAAAAUGAAAUCUUUUUUAAUUCUGAAUUUGUGUCAAUUCAUUGGACAUUUUACUUAUUUACUGGCGUACAAUAUUGAUGUUGAUAAACCCGUGAUUUAUGCAGGUGUUGCUGGGGAUCAGUUUGGAUAUUCAGCAGAAAUUUUAUCAAAUAACAACGAAAAACGUAUUAUUAUCGGUGCACCGGAAACAAACCGGAGUGUAGGAGUGAUUUAUUCCUGUCCAGUAAACGCCACGGAACCUCAAGUAAACGUCACAGACUGCUCACAAAUACAACCUCGAAUGGUAUUAGCACAGAGAUUUGGUUCCACAAUAUAUAGACAUGCAGAAUCCAUUGUUGUAUGUUCUCCACUUACGAAAAAUUUCCUCGACAAUGACGUCACACCAGGAGGAUGCGAAAUGUUUUUUACAAACAUGACUAGGCAAGGAAAUUUGGUCAUCAGAGCCCAGCAAACAAAUAAGAAUUUUCCGGAACAUGCCGAAGGGAUGUUUGGAUUUUCUAUUAUUGCUGAGAAUGAGACGUCAUUUGUACUCGGUGGUCCAAACGCCUGCGGAAAUGAUGGGGGUCUAGCAUUAUUUACCGAUGUAUCAAGGACUGCAGAUUAUCUGUACAACACCAACUGUUCAAGGUUCUCUGGUGGAUAUUAUUAUGGAUAUGCCUUAGAUGUGAUGAAGUACAAAGGAAAUAAUUUGUUCGUCGUGGGUUCUCCAGGUUUUACCAAUAGAGAGGGAGUCCUAGGAUUGAUGGAGGUCGUAAAAAUUGAUACUAAAAGUAGCAAACAUGUCUUGCAAACACAGAAAAAAAUACCUGGGCAUCAGAGUGGAGGAGGAUUUGGACAAUCAGUUUGUGUCAUUGAUGUCAACAAUGAUGGAUUAGAUGAUAUUAUUGUUGGAGCACCAUCAGAAUACCUCCGUGUUACCAGUAAAUCCUCUGUUGUUAUUGACGUUGGCAGUGUUUAUAUCUAUCUAGGAGAUGCUAAUACUACUAUUCUUGACAAAGAGAUACGUAUAACAGGGGAUUCGAUAGUAUCAGGAAGAUUUGGAUCUGCAGUGUCUGGAAUAGGGAAUAUCAACGAAGACGAUUUCCAAGAUCUUGCAGUUGGAGCGCCAUUUGAAAACGACAUGAGAGGUGCUAUUUACAUCUUCAAUGGACGUAAUCUUAAAAAUGUGCAGACAUGGAAAUAUUCUCAGAAGAUUGAAGGGACAACAAUCAAUAGUAACCUGAGAGGGUUCGGAUUUUACAUCUCCCAGACACAGGAAGAUAUAGAUAACAAUAAAUAUAAAGAUUUUGCUGUUGGCUCGUAUAAAUCUGGGAUGGCUGUCGUGUUAAGAUCGCGACCAAUCAUAUCCAUAGAACCUAAAAUUUCCUUUCUACAAAACCCUGUUCCUUUGAAUUCGUCAGAACUGAACUGCUCAAAGGGGAAUGACUAUCCUUGCUUGGGUGUAGAAGUUUGUUUCAAUGUCACAGGGAAAGGAAUCCAAUCUGGAACUUAUAUAAAUUUCACCGUUUGGGGUGACACAACAAUGACCAAUAAAAGAAUAGCUAUGGCUGGAAAUGAAAGCAGUGUAGAUAUAUCUAAUUUCCUGGUAUAUAGAAAUAAAUAUUCCUGCAAAAUCUUACAAGCAGCUGUAUCGAAAAUGGGAACGAUUUUCUUUAAUGCUAUCAAUGAACCUUUAGAAUUUAAAGUUAAUCUAUCACUGAGCGGAAGAACCCGUGAAUAUGAAGUUUUGCCAAUUUUGAAAAAGGGUUCCAUUACUUCUCACCAAAACAAUGUAACGUUUAGAACAGGAUGUACACAAAACGAAACAUGUCAGCCACAGUUUUUAGGAGACGCUGAAAUCAAUGAUCAUAGGGACAAUGGAGAAUUUGAAACAUUCAAAAUGGAUUUCCUUCUUAGAAACCAUGGUGAUCCAGCAAGUUCAACCAUGAUAGAAAUUUCGAAAACUAAAAAAGCAAUUUAUUCUGGUAUGGUGGUAUCAGCACAAUCGGAAAAAGUUGUUUGCAAGGAAACCAACUCUACUCUAGUUACAUGCAAUGUCACAACUGACCCGUUCUAUCCACACAUGGUGGUGCAAAUUAGUCUAGAUUUCAAAAUUGAUCCACAAAACAAUGAUGCUACAGGUUAUGUAGACUUCAAUAUCUGGGUGCAAUAUAUUCCUACUGGUCGGAUUUCUCCAGGAAGAUCUAACAAAACGCACGCCUUACUAAAGCAGCUGGCUGUCGUAUCAGUCGGUGGGGAACCUAGUCAGGACCAAAGGGAAAUGGACACAAAUUCUGAGAUGUUGAUUCAUAAGGAAACCUUUCGAGUCUAUAAUAGAGGACCGAGUACAGUGGAUGGUCUGAUUCUACAGAUAGGUGUACCAACCUCUGUUGCUGGUGUACAGAUCUUAAGUGAACUUAACUACGAUAAAAGUACUUGUAAUCUCACAACAAAUGCUGAUCUUUCAACCAAAGACAAAGAUGCAAAACCAAUGUUUCAACCCGACGCAAAACCUCAAGUGGACAACAAACAAAACAGUUUGUUUAUUAACUGUUCGCAGCGAGAUGUAAAGUGCCAUCUGCUCCAAUGUAAAAUAAAGAAACUUUCACGUGACAACUUAAAUGAUAUAAUGCUUACUUUGAAUCUUACAACAAAUAUUUUAAACCUGCUUGAGAAAUCCCCGGUUGUUAAAUAUAUAACAUCGGGAAAACUUAUUUCCAACUAUUCAGACUUCGAAGGCGAUCUUCAGACCACGGAUGGAGAGAUUGUCCUAACAAUAAUUCCGAAAAAGAUUGUCUUUGAAACCAGAAAAAUUGAUCUCGGAGUUGUCAUCGGCGGUAGUGUUGGAGGAUUUGUGUUUUUAGUCAUUAUAGGAAUUAUCUUAUGGAAGGUUGGAUUUUUCAAGCGAAAAAAGAGGGAAAAGGUUGACGAGUUUAAACGAAGAACUGCUUUGCUGAAAAGACAAUCAAGGAUGUCUAAGCUGUCUCGUGUUGAUGGGGCAAAGGAUAAUCGAUUUCAAGAGCGGGAGGACUGAAUGAUGAUUAAAUAUUAUGUGUUUGUCCGUGUAUAUGUGUGUUUCAAAUGAUAAGCAUAUUCGCUUGGCUAUACAUAUAUUGUGAGAUAAUUUUGUGAGUUAAACUAGUGAAAGAUGAUAAAGUUUGCAUGAGCGCAGUAUUAGUAAGUUAAAUGUAUUAACAACGCGAAAUGUUAUGAAAAGUGAUUAUUGUAUUUUGCAUAAUAAAAUUCUGCAUUGAGACCAACGCAGAAUGUAAUACUGCAACAUGUAAUGACACAAUAUUCAGAUUAUUCCAUUUUGCGUUCAUACAUUUCGCAUUGAGAUUAACGCAAAAAGCAGUAACACCUAUGUACUUUAUUUAUUGUUGUUUCAUUUGUGUUAAUUACUUUUUGCGUCGAAGAGUACGCAAAAUGUAUUUAAAUGUUGUAACACAUUUUCUUAAUGAGAAACAUGAAUGCUUUGAUAUCAUCAUUGAAUUCAGAGCACUUGCAUGUAGAAGCAGAGUGAUUUUCAAUACAGUAUGAAAAUUUUGUGGAUAAACUAUUUAGAUGAUAUGAAAAUUUCUGCAUCCAAUUUUUAUUGAGAACAAGAUUUUCUUAAGGUACUCCGAUCCUCAGGUUCUAAAAAUCAGGCAUUGACUAAUUGAAAAUGCUUGCAAAAGUGUCUCUCAUUUCUCAAGUAAUUUGUUUUUAUCCAUAUCGAUAAUUCUUCAAACUCCAUCUUUAAAAUUAAU